GUGCAAUGGCGGGAUGCGUUCUGUCUUGAUGUCUUCGUCGUCUGUUCGCGCCUUUGUUCUCGAAUGCCAGAGUCACUCUUUUACCUUUAAUACAAGGUGGUAACUUGUAUUGGUUAAGAGCUUUCGGGCGCCGAGUACAAGUACGAUGGAGGAAAUAGUAGCCAAAGUAGGAAAUGUCGUGUUCGAGCUGGAGAUGGCCCUGGAGCAGCAACUGGGCGCGCUGCCGCUACCGUUCCCCGGUAUGGACAAGUCUGGAGCAGCCGUGUGCUGCUUUUACGUGCAGGGGAACUGUAGCAAAGCGUCUGCGUGCCCUUUCAGGCAUGUUAAGGGUGACCGAACGGUGGUCUGUAAGCACUGGCUGCGAGGCCUUUGCAAGAAGGGUGACCAGUGCGAGUUCCUCCACGAGUUCGACAUGACCAAAAUGCCAGAGUGUUACUUCUAUUCGCGUUUCAACGCGUGUAGUAACAAGGAGUGCCCGUUUCUACACAUAGAUCCCGAAGCAAAAAUCAAAGAUUGUCCCUGGUAUGACCGCGGCUUUUGUCGGCACGGCCCAAUCUGUCGCCACCGGCACACUCGGCGCGUCAUGUGCAUCAACUACCUUUGCGGGUUUUGUCCUGACGGACCCGAGUGCAAAUUCAUGCAUCCCAAGUUUGACUUGCCCAUUCAGGACCCAGCGCAGCAGGCGAAGAAGGCCAACAUUGUAUGCCAUUUUUGCGGCGAGGCAGGGCACAAAGCAAUAUCCUGCCACAAAAUGCCAGCUGAACUGCGGGAGGAGCAGCAGCACUCUCGCAUGCAGUUCCACAACCACUAUGGCGGAAUGCACCGGCGGGAUCACGACGACAGCGGAGGCGCUAACGCUGGAGGACAACGAGGCUUCAGACCGCUGGAUCAAGUCACUUGCUACAAGUGUGGAGAGAAAGGACAUUAUGCCAAUAAGUGCCCGAAGGGACAUUUAGCCUUCCUUAGCAGUGCACUUCAAAACACACCAAACGUGUAGGUUUGUUAGAGUGCAUCGCAAAAAUGUAGGUGCACACAUUGGAUGCAGUGCAUGUCACUGCAUCUGAUGUUUCAUUUUUGCUGUAAAACGCUCCGACAGCUACCCCCAUUUGAAUGAUCACACAUAACUACAGAAACCAGAGAGGGAGUACGCAUGUCACAAACAUAUUGUCAGUCAUUGCGUGUGUAAGCGUAAGGUCUAGUGCACUCUGGAUCUAAUUUUUCUACAUGUUUGUGGUGGUUGAAAUCUGAGCUUCGUUAUUUGUAGGGGUUGUACAGUACCAGGGGAUUACAUACUGGUUAAAUUAAGUGCACAGACAAACUUGUCUGGUAGGUGUGUGUGCAUGUCCAACUCUGUUGGUUGAUUGGCCUUUGCAGUGUGACGAUAACGGUGUGCUCUAUGUUUGAACAUUAUUUUACUCGUCCAUCAUUACACUUGUAGGCCAGUUGGAACACCAUUUUUUGCGACACCACGUUUUCUUGUUAUGUUUUGGUAUGGUUAUCAUUAUUUUUUGUAGUUAUACAGGAAUUAAGUGCCCCAUCGCUGUUCUAGAUGCUGUAUUGUGUGAAUGAGAAGGCAUUGAACCCUUGGGCACACCAUGAUUUCCAUGCUUGUCUGAACUGUGUGCACAGUGCCUCGUUUGAAGUGUUGUUAUUAUUGACUUAUUAUUAACUUUAAAAUGUGUUGGCUGUAGGGCCAGAGAUAGACGAGGACAAGGCCAGGGUGUCGUUGGACCUCAUAUACAGCAAAGCAUUUUUGUUUUACUGCUUCAUACUUGGGGAAAGCGAUACCGCGAAGCUUUACCAAGUUCGACUUGUUGUGACACGUGUUUAAUACAGAAAUAUGCAAGGCUUUUUUGCUUGCUACGACGACUUGUUUACAUUUAUUUACUUUCUUUUUGUUAUGUUAGUGUUAUGCUUUGUAAGAUAGGUUUUCAUAGCUAGAAAUAGUGCUUUAGAUGAAAAUAAGCUGAAUUCCGUUACAAUGCAUAGGGUAAACCCUGUCAGGUCAAGUAUUUUUUCAAUAGCCACUGAAUACUUGUAUAUAGAAAUUAUUCACAGCCUAAUUUUCAAUGGUAAUAAUCAAGUUAUCCAGUAAAGUUGAAAACUCGCUAAUCAUAGACCUGCUUUGUGCGCGUUAGAAAUGGUGCAGACAAGUGGUAUAUGUAACAUAACAGUGCAUUGUGCAGUACACUGUUGGGGUAUGGAACAAAUUUUGAAAACUAAUUUUUACUGUAGAGAUAAAGUGGCAGCUGUGCAGAUUGUCAAAUACAAACAGGAAGCCUCCACGUUGCAUUUUUUUUUUCAUUUUGUUUGUAUGUUGAUGUUUGCACCUUUUCUUUAGUAUACACCUAUAGUUGCAUCACUAAUGGUCAGUUGUAGUGGCCUGGCAGGUCACCCUCUUAAGGAGCCCUGUAAACCCAAUGGUGUGCUGCAAGCACUGCCAGCAUAAUACAGCCAUACAUGGAAAGUGCAGGCCUCAGCUUUAUGCCAAUGCGAAACAAAGCAGGGCCACUGUAAGUGUUGCAGAUUACCCAGCUAUUUGCAGAGCGUUGUGCAUACAUAAUGCACAUAACAUGAUCAUUUAUUCCUGUUGUGGUCACCUUGUAAGUACACUUGUCGUGUAUAUGCCACUGUAUUGGGCAGGGGUGUUGCCAGGAUUUUAUUUCGGGAAAAAGGGUCAGGGCGGCAGGGGUGAUACCUCCACAUGUGUGUGUGCAUGAUUUUAUGUGUCUAUGUGUAUAUGCAUACAGACCAAAAAUUCCAGAGGUGGAGAGGGGUGGCUGCACCUAUGAUGUUGAGCCUAGUACAUGAAUAUUCGUGCCCCACAAGGCAAGAAGAGGUGGUUUGACAGCAGGCUUGAGCAUUGGUGGUUUGUUGAUGAGCUAGUUUGUACAUGGUGUUCAGAACCAAAAAAGUGCCAGAAACAAAACAAGACAAGAAAGACAGACAGGCGGACAGGUGCAACAUUCUCGUCUUUGUGCCUGUAUCUCUUCUCUUGUCCUGUUCUAUUGCAUUAUUUCCAUUAUUGACACCAUUGUUGGCACCUGGUAUAACAGUGGCCAAUACCCCUAAAUGGGGAUAACUAGAAGCAAGUCACUUUAUCUAAUUCUUACAAUUAAUUUGCUCCUUGCAGUCCACACUUUUUGCCUUGUUCAGGCACUGCCAUGUCAUAAAUCUGUUUUGAGUGAGGUGGGUCUCUGUGCCCAUAACAGUGAAAGUCCAUAUCUGUGAAGAGCAAUUAAGUUUUGCCUGUUAGCUUUCUCUGGUAUACAUUCUUGAUUGUGUCAUACACUUGCGCAUGAUCAUUAUGAGGAAGAUCGUUUAUUGCUUGGAAAGUUGGGAUAACUCCUUCCCUAAUUCCUUUCAGAAGAGGACACCUGUAUUACUGUGUGCACGUUUGUGUUGUGAGCCAUCUUUGUAUUCUCCACACAUUAAGAAUAUGCUGUGCAUGUGUGUAGUGAGUGACUGCGAUGUUUUGCCAAGCUGUGUGACUGGUAGUGUUACCAAGCUAUUUAGGUGACACCUGUAUGGCUGAAAGGGGACUUCUUUAGGGCAAAAGCACUUGUACUACCUGUUGAGAAUUCACAGAUGUCGGGGAAAGAACGUGAGGCUUCAGCUGGACUCAGUGGGGGAAUAGAUAGACAUUCCUUUACCUGCCAUGCAGUGCCAGUGGGAAUUUUUUGAAGCACAGAGUGGUGGAAAGGAGACCCUUCCUAAGCAUGUUUUAGUGGGCAGGUCCUCAUUUCCACCCCUCAGUGCUUCAGGGUAAAAAGUUUUGACAGGUGUCGCCUAAAAAGGCCUGUCUUAUUGUCUCGCUGACUAUAGCUUCUUGCAUGUAGUCUGUGUUCACAACUGUGUAGUCCUGUAAGUGAGGCACAAAUGGGGGGAAUAGAUCAGAAAAAACGUAGCCUUGAAAUUACACUCGCUGCAUUGUAGGCGACACCAUUGCCCUUGCCAUGUAGCUUCUGUUUAAUUUAAAAUGGUUUUUUCCAUAGGUUCACUGAGCUUAGCAUGGUCUGUUGGAACAGGUACAAGUUUUUUCUGUGACCAGUGAAGUUCACGUAGUGGCAGAGGAAUUCAUAAAUAGCCAUUGGACAUUUAACCCCUUGACUGCUUUAUAUUCUCAUCAAAAUCUGGCUUAUAUCUAUUCUGCUUCUUUUUUCAAAUGUAUAUUUUCAAUGUUCCCUUUUUUUUUCAAUAUACACGUCUGAAGUGUUUUCAACCAAUUUUCUUUAUGCAUUCAAAUGUUGUUUUAUCUGUUAAUUGAGAAUUACUGCACAUUAAUGAUCGUCGCAAAGAGCAAUAAUAAUAAUUGUUGGGGUUUAACGUUCCAAAACCACGAUAUGAUUAUGAGAAACGCCGUAGUGGAGGGCUCUAGAAAUUUUGAACACCUGGGGUUCGUUAACAUGCACCUAAAUCUAAGCACACGGUCCUCAAGCACUUUCGCCUCCAUCGAAAAUGCGGCCAGGAUUUGAUCCUACGACCUGCAGGUGUCGCAAAGAGUAGUCAGAAAUGAGCAAAACGCUUUAUCUUCGUGCUUCAAAAUCCAUUAUUCUGCAAAGCCAAGUUUGGCAUCAAAGAAAGAGGACAAUUUAACAAACGAAGUUCCUCAGUGCUGCUAAAGCACUGCCAUUUAUGUAGUAGAGCAAAAAGAUAGAAUAAAUGCAGCUUUCAGGUGCUGAAACUGUUGGGCUCCAAACCACACUGUACUAGUGCAUGGCCACUGAAGCUGUUGUAUCGCCUGAUCCAACAGAGCAAUGGGAUGUAGCCUUGAGUGAUUGAGCAAUGCACUACACGAAAUGAUUGAUAGCAAGGGAAUUGUUCAAAUUGGCUUUGCAUGAACCACUGGUCCUACUGAGCCUGAGCAGGACCUUGUCGUACAUGUUGACACUGUUUCCAUUGUCGCUUGUCCUGUUUACACUGAUCUUCAGAACUUCUAGUCUUCCCAUUGUGCUUUCACAACACAGGUGAAAUCAUUUGCUAGGUGGGUUCUUCUUUUACAUAUGAAAGCUAGUGAUGCACACUUUGCUUCGUAUGCUGCUCUUGCGUCCUCCUGGCAACUGCAGCUUAUGCAAUGGUAAUCUUUAUCGGGAAAUCUAUGCGGCAAACACUACAUGCUUCACAUUGUUCGAAUGCGCCUUAUCGUCUAUCAUAUGGUUUUGACACUUGCUUUAUGCUUUUCUUUAUUGAAAUGAAUACUACGGUGUGUCUUGCAGGCAUAAGUCUGAUGGAGAUGGGCGCUUUUCACUUCAAUUCAUCGAAUGAUUUUCUGUCAACAGAGAAAUUCUGGGAUCCGAGUAAUAAACAGCUUUGCCGUAGAAGUGCUGCAAUCUGCAUAGUAAAAAACAAAGAGCACAAUUAAUGCAGCUCUCAACUGCUAACCCUGCAGCCAUCUGUGCACAGACAAAUUAUGUAGACCCACUUUGUUCAUCAUGCAGAUUGCUUUGAAAAUGGUAAUAUUGCCGUAGACUGGCUCAGGUUGUGCAAAUCAAAGUUUACUGGUAUUGCAUUGAUGAACCUAGGUAUAACACUCAAGGGGUUAAUGGCAUCAUUGGACAUUAAGAAUAAAUAUAUGUUCAGAAUGUACAAUUGCAUAUUAGCACAAUUUCUCCUUCCAACGUACUAUUUUCUUUUCAUAAUUUUUAUGUGCAGUCACCAGGAAAUGGUGGAACAAAAACAAAGAUUGGCAUAUUUCCUGACGUAGUUUAUAUCGACCACAGCUAUAUGUUGUGCACCUGUAGCACAGUGCCACAGUUUUGGUUUUGCUGUUUGGUAUUCAUCUGCUGUUUAUUGUACAUGUUAAUGCAUCAGAAUAAAUAAUGAUGCAUUAACAUAAAUUCUUGGAGGAAGUGUAUUAAAGGGACCGACAACUGAUUUUUCUCGACCCAGUUUUUUACGGCGCGACAGGAAGCUCAUCCUUCGUAGCGUUUGUAGCUGCAGUGGCUUAUCCGAAAAGCACGUAGUUAUUUUAUAAGCAGUAUUUU